CGGUUUCGGUGUUUCUUUCAAUUCGCUCAAGAAAAAUUCCUACCCGAACGAAUAAUUUAGCAAAAAUAACCACUUUUAAGUUGAUCUUCUUUCGUUUACGGUCGGUAGUUAGUUGACGCAUCAUGGGUAUUCUGGAAAAAAUCUCCGACAUUGAGAAGGAGAUUGCCAAAACUCAAAAGAAUAAAGCCACCGAGUAUCAUCUUGGGCUGCUUAAAGCCAAACUAGCUAAGUACCGGUCCCAGCUGCUAGAACCAUCGAAGAAGGGCGAAAAAGGAGACGGUUUCGAUGUACUGAAAUCCGGUGACGCAAGAAUUGCCCUAAUUGGUUUUCCGUCCGUCGGUAAGUCCACACUGCUAUCCACGCUAACCAAGACUGAGUCCGAAGCGGCAAACUAUGAGUUUACUACGUUGACCUGCAUUCCGGGUGUGAUCGAAUACAAGGGUGCCAAUAUACAACUGCUGGAUCUGCCGGGAAUCAUCGAAGGUGCAGCUCAGGGAAAAGGUCGUGGCCGGCAGGUUAUUGCCGUAGCCCGUACCGCGGAUCUGGUGUUGAUGAUGCUGGACGCCACUAAGCCUAACGUACAUCGUGAUUUGCUUGAGUACGAGUUGGAAUCCGUCGGACUGAGAUUGAAUAAGCGAAAACCAAACAUCUACUUCAAGAUCAAGAAGGGAGGCGGCGUUAGCUUCAAUUCGACUUGUCCAUUAACUAGAUGCAAUGAGAAAAUGGUGCAAACUAUUUUACAUUCUUUUAAAAUUUUCAACGCCGAAGUUCUGUUCCGAGAGGAUUGCACUGAGGACGAGUUUAUCGAUGUGGUUUCGGGUAACCGAAUUUAUCUUCCAUGUAUUUACGUUUACAACAAAAUCGAUCAGAUUUCAAUUGAGGAGGUUGACCGGUUGGCUCGCCAGCCGUUCAGUGUGGUGGUCAGCUGUAAUAUGCACCUGAACUUGGACUAUCUGUUGGAGGUUCUCUGGGAACACCUGAUGCUGAUAAGAGUAUAUACGAAGAAGCCGGGUGCGCCUCCGGAUUUCGACGAUGGUUUGAUCCUAAGAAGGGGAGUCACUGUGGAGCAUGUGUGCCACGCUAUUCAUCGAACGCUGGCGGACCAGUUUAAGUACGCGCUGGUAUGGGGGACCUCAACUAAAUAUUCCCCGCAACGAGUCGGGAUAUCGCACAUCAUGCAAGACGAGGAUGUUAUUCAGGUGGUUAAAAAGUAAGAAGAAAAAGAUUAUCACCUUCUUCCGUCAGUUGUUGGUUCGAAUAUACCUGAUAAAGCCGAUCGCUUGAUCACCGGUGGUGCAUCGAUUUGUAAGUAUCAUUGCCCUUCGUUUUUGGUUUGAUAUGAGACAACAUAGGAGAAGCAGUUCAAUGUGACUAUUAAAAUGAAAUUCUUAU